CGCCAGGAGCGGCGCCGUCUCCGCCUCCGCGUCCCGCGUUGCUUGGCAACCGGUCUCCCAGGCGACGCGAGACGCGGAGCCCAGGGCCGGAGCCCAGGGCCAGCGCCUGCGCGGCGAGCCGAGACCCCAGGCCCCAUGGCACAGAAACCCAUCGGCACGGAGGCGGCCGAGCGCAUGAACCUCGUGGCGCAGGACGAGAUCUGGAAAUAUCGCCUGAAGGCUGAAAACGAAGCCCGGCAAAACUGGGCCCAGAACUGGGGAUUUUUAACAACCCCCCUUGAGGAGUUGAUCCAGUGUGAGGAAGAGCCCAGCACCCCGAAGCCCAAAAUCGAGCUUCCCGGGCGGUUCCACAUCCGGCCAGUGACCCCGGUGGAGAAACACAUCAAGGUGCUUCCAUCCCCCCCAUUCCCAAAGACGACGCAGGGCUUCAUCGGCUGGAGAUCCGGGGUGCCAGGCCUGAACAAGUGUCUGGAGCACGACAGUGAGAUCAGAAGCUGCAAAGGGGCAUACGCCAAGGAGCUGAACUGGCCGAAGCAAGGCAUUCACUGAGUCCAGAUGGAGACUCCGGCCCCUGGGGCAAGGAAGGCUAGACCACCGGGCACCUGCUGCCCACGCUCAGGGAAGGAAGAGCUCCCCAGUCUCCCCUGAGGGACGUUCUCCUCCACAUUUGCUCAUGGGACGUUGUUGCAGGAAACACAGAAUCACGCUCAGACAUUUUCAACUCAUCAAUGCCUCCCUUCCAGAACAUUCUUGUAACAUAUUCAUUCUGGGCUAAUGCAAUGAAUAAGGCAAAGUAGAGUCUCUGAAAUUUUUUUUUAACACUUUGGGAAUGUCUAGGUAUAGCUUUAGAAAAAAAACAGUGUGAUUUCAUUUUUUAAAUGUUUGUCUAAACCCUCGAAUGUCACCUUCACCCCCUACCCCUCACCAUCCUGAUUAUAAAAAGAUUGGUGGCCAACUGUUUCUGUACCCAAAUACCCCUGAGCCUGUU